CGCGGGUGCUGCGGCGGCAGCGGCACUUCGGGGGCAGCGGGACGGGACGGGACCGGCCGGGACGGGACGGGCUGCCCUGCCCGGGAAUUGGAUUCUACUGGAUCUACUAGACCACAGAGAUCGUGGGCAAUGUUUUAUGUAUCGUUGGAGAUGACCUUCUCACAAGUGGCCUCAAUCCAUGUGUUCAUUCACUGAUGUCCAGCUUCGUACUUCGUGGUCUUACUCAGCAAAGUGCCCGAGGCUUGCAGCAGUGACCAAAGUCAGAAGGAGCUGACUUCUGAACGUACCAGGUACGAAGAACUGUGCUUCAGGUGUCUCAGGCAGGAUGAAAGACCGGCUAAACGAGCUGCGCGAAUUUGCCAGGUUACACAACCAACAGUUUUCUGAUAGUGAGGAUGAUGAAAAUUCACCCCGCGAUGUUCUCCUUUAUGAGACUGAUUAUGCCUUGGAAAUUCUUCAUAAAGACAUACAGAACAUCCGGACAGAAAACGACCACCUAAAAGAGGAUGUCAAGCGGCUCAGAAAGCAAAACACCCGCUUCCUUACUUCCAUGCGCCGUAUUAGUAGCAUCAAACGAGAUACUAAUUGUAUUGCCAGAGACAUCAAGGCCCGCGGAGAAAGCAUCCAUAGGAAACUCCAGAUAAUGAGAGAUUUCAGCGAAGAUGCAAUAACAAAAUACGGUGCAAUGUCUGUCAUUGCCAGGGUAGCGAAGAACCACUACGUUGACCUCAUGCAUGCCUUUCAGGAAGCUAUGUUUGAAUACAAUGCAACAGAAAUGAACCAACGGGAGAACUGCAAGAUUCGAAUUCAGCGGCAGCUAGAGAUCAUGGGUAAAGAUGUUUCUGGCAACCAGAUUGAGGAGAUGAUUGAGCAAGGCAGGUGGGACGUCUUCUCUGAGAAUCUCUUGGCGGAUGUUAAGGGGGCUCGCUCAGCCUUGAAUGAGAUAGAGACACGUCAUAAGGAACUGGUGAAGUUAGAAGGUCGCAUUAAGGAAGUCCACGAGCUCUUUCUGCAGGUGGGCCUGCUAGUGGAGGAACAGGCGGACACCUUCAACGUCAUUGAGAUAAAUAUGCAAAAUGUUGAGGACUAUGUAGGAGACGCUAAAGAGCAAGUGAAAAAAGCUUUGGAAUACAGAAGAAAACACCCCCUCAGAACAAUCCUCUGCUGCUGCUUAUCCUGUUGCAGAAGGUGACUAUCCCACUGAAGCUAUCCCAGACCGACUCAAACAUCUUCAGAACGAGGCACUCUUUCCAGUGACUUUUCUGUAAUGGCAACCCCUAGAAAAGGGGGGGGCUAUUUUGCAGUCAGUUCUGUUCAUUGCCUUUUUCCAAUAUGUGCUGAAGGCUGUUCUAUUUGAGAGCUGCUAGAAAUGUUGAUAAAACUAUUUUUAAUCUAUUUCUAAUUGAAAUGUACUCUGUUGCUGUAACUAGAGGUGCAAGAAAAACUCUGCAAUACUUGUUUCAGAUAAGCAAGAGAGAGGAAUGAAUGAUGGGUUGUAUAACUCAGCCUAGGGAAGAUGAGACAUUUGAAGAAGUAACUUUAUUCUUUGUCACAGUGAGUCUGCAGGCGGUGCAGCCUUGCCGCCUGGAGUGACACAAUACACCACAGAAUCAGGAGGUUUCAAUCUUAACUAGUUUGGAGCCUGCUUGAUGCAAAUACUUGAACAGAUUUUUGCUCUGUUCAUUUGACAAAAUACUGAGCCUGUUAGCAGGAGCAGGACACAGAACUUUCUGUUUCAACUUGAUUUCCAUCUGUCACGAAUCUUAACAGAAGUAACUGCACCUUAAAUUAUAAUAUGCACGUUUUGCUCCAUUUGUGUGCAAGUGACUGCUUUUCUCCAUUUUGAGUACCCGCAACUUUGUCAAGGUGGCUAGAAACACUGCGACACUGAGGCAUCUCACUGGCUUUUGAGGUCAGCCACUCUGUAUACUCUUCAUUUCAAAACUGCCAUGCUUUUAUGCUUCUAAUACAUUUUUCUGCCAAUUAACACUGCAGCCAGAAAAGAUGCAUGCAGUGGCCUUCUGCAGAAGCACCCAUAAGAAGAAAACAGUUGGGGGGUAGAGAAAGCAUUUUAGGGUCUCCUGUGCUGGCACAUGCACACAAGCAGUUUUAGUGGAAGGAUUAUCCUGUCAAUAGAUUUUUAUUUUUUUACAAGCAUUGAUUUAAUAUGGAUUUUUUUAUAUAUAUUUUAAAUAACAUGAAGGAUUAAAUUUAUUAACAUUCCAUUUUACUAGUGUACAAAACCCAAGGCUUUUCUCCCAUUGUGAGGAAAUCUCCACCUGGGAAAGAAAAUAGACAUAUUUCUUCAGUACACCUGAAGAAGAAAGAAAACAUUUUAAUGUCAUUUCAGUGCUCUUUUCACGCUUAAAAGUAAUAUCUCCUUUUGUGUAAGGGGAGUCUGCCCACAAUGGGUUUGGAAUACAAGGAGGGAAUAGAAAAUUUGCAGCCCUGGAAACCACUGAGCACUGUCAGUGAAGCGUGUAUUUGGAAGGCCUGGGGAGUGAUUAUAGCUCCUGCUUCUGGAGGUUUUCCAACUAUAAUAUUUCUAGGUGGCUUCCUGAUACGCUGUGACCUAAUGCUAUCCUUUGAAUUAAUGCAGGACAUUUUUUCAGAAGUUAGUGACUUUUAAAAAAAAACUCUGAUCCUAUUUGUACCUAUUUUAAUAAAUAUAUUUAAACAUUUCAAAUAUUUUGCAUUUGGGAGUUUUCCUCGGGAGAUGCGCAUAGCCAUCUUCCUGCACCAAUCGCAAUGAAACGUUUCCCUUCUGAUCUUUUGCGCACGAAUUUUGUAUGUGAAAAAACACCCAUACAUUUCUUACUAUUUAUUUUGAUAUAACAAAACAGCACAACAAAUGCAACUUCCAAGUUUCCAUGUCCUAGUGGGAAGUACUUCUUUGCUAGGCAGGGUGUUUUACACAAAUAGAAGCUAAAUGGAUAACUCUUCUCAGAAACUGAAAGCCUCUUUCGCUGAAGCACCUGUCUGUGGUAACAUGGAAGAGUGAGGAACACCGAUCUUCUAAAAUAGAAGAUAUUUUGAUAUUCAAUGUUGUCCUGAUGAUAUCAGUAUUACGCUUGCCUGAGGACCUCUCCAACAACCCAACGUUCAAACUUGAAGUGGGGGAAAGGCGAGUGUUGAGCUGGCAGCAUUACCCGUAGCUUUGGUGCUACUCCAGAAGACAAAGUCGUUUACUCGUUAGGUACUGCCAUUCCGGGCAACGGAACUGUGCAUUUGUAGAGAAAUACCGUAAACCUCCGAGGGUCAGCCUACGGGCAUAAAUCAAUGAAGAAUAAAAUACGUAUUUCAUUUCAUCUGCAUAUUCUUAGCGCUCAACAAUGCUUUUGAUAAAAAACAUGUACUUUUUUUUUUGUUGGUUUCUUUUUUGCACA